AUGCGCUAUCAGCAGCUCAGCAAUUGUUGUUCCUUCACAGAAAGGAAAGUGUUGGUGCAGACUAGGAGAACCCCUGAAUCGAUCCAGAAGGAUGUGGAGAGACUCUGUUCUGUGAAGACAGCGGAACAGACGGAGAAGAAAUCAGGUGCUAGCUCAGCUGCUCCUCAGCUGGCAGUUCCAGAUGGAAAGAAGACAACUUCCCAUGCAGGAAGGACCAUGGACAUAAGCACUACGAGGGCCCUAGAAUCCAUGCAGGAGGAGGUGGAGAGGAUUCUGAGAAGGACCAUGGACAUAAGCACCACGAGGGCCCUAGAAUCCAUGCGGGAGGAGGUGGAGAGAAUUCUGAGUGAGAAGCCGGCUCAGUUGCAGAGCCAACUGGAAGUUGCACAGCAUGCAACCCCACCUCUGGAGGAACUGACCAACACCCAGACUUCCCUCCAGGCAAUUUCUGAAAAAGUACAGUCUCUGAUGACAUCUUUGCAGAACGCAGAGGCGUCUAGAAAGCAAGACCUUGAGAUCCUCAGAGCAGAUAUUGUGGGACAAAUAACUAAAGAAUUGGAGGCAGCAAUGAGGUCCUUGACCAAUGAGAGCCUGUGGGAGAUGUACAGUAAACUAGCAGUUGAUGUCACCCUUGAUGCUGACACGGCUCAUCCGAGGCUGCAAGUGUCAGAAGAUGGGAAGAGUGUGACUGAUACUGGUGCAACCAGAAGAGUGCCUGUCAAGGAGGAGAGAUUUGAUUGCCAAGCUUUUGUGUUGGCAAAGGAAGCUUAUGCAUCUGGGAGACUCUACUGGGAAGUGGAUGUUGGAAAGAGGAGAAACUGGAUCUUGGGUGUUGCCCAGGAGACUGUGACACGCAAAGGAAAAGUGGUUCUGUCUCCUCAGAAUGGCUUCUGGGCCAUAGCAUUAGCAGAUGGGCAAGAGUAUGGGGUCCACAUGGAUCCUUGGACUCAUUUGACGGUGAGUGGUAGACCACAAAAUGUUGGGAUCUUCCUGGACAUCUCUGCCAAGAAUUUAUCAUUUUACAAUGUCCAACAGAAAAAAGCUUUGUACACUUUAACCUUUGAUAGUGACCACAGCCAGGAAGUGAAGCUUUUUCCUUUUUUCUCAACAUGUUCCACUGCAAUAAAGGCUGACACUGAGCCUCUACAAAUAGCAUAG